GUGUGCGGCGCCCUCGGCUCCGCUCCGCGUUGCCUCCCAGCAGCCGCCGGCCGCUCCCUUCCCAGUCCGUCCAUGUCCCUGCCCGUGGUGCUCCCGGGUUCCUGCUGCCCCGUGGCUGGGCUUUCGGGUGGGCCGCAGGCCGGGGGCCCGGGAGCCGCCGCCGCCGCCGCCGCCGCCGCCCAGGAGCCGCCACUGCCCCCGCUGCGGCCGCGCUGGCCCCGGGGCGCGCUGCAGCCCCCGGCGCGGCCUCGCUGCGCGGCCGCAGCUGCCGCCGGGGUGCUGGCCGCGCCGCCCGCCUUCUCCUCCCGCCGGGCAGCAGCCGCCGCCGCCGCCGCCGCCGCCGCCCCGGGCUCCGCGCUCCUGCCCGCCCGCCCGCUGCUGUCACUCGGGCUGCUGCAGCUGAUCCUGGGCUGCUGCAUGGUGGCGCUCAGCUUCGGGGCGCUGUCGCUGAGCAGCUCUCCGCAGGUGAAGAACUCGUGCCCGUUCUGGGCCGGCUCCUCGGUGAUACUCUCUGGAAUCAUAGGAUUAACAACUUGGAAAAGGCCUAUGAUACUUCUGGUAAACCUCUUUGUGCUGCUCUCUGUGGUUUGUGUCCUCUUAAAUCUAGCAGGAUUUAUCCUAGGCUGCCAAGGGGCCCAGUUUGUGUCCAGUGUGCCCAGGUGUGAUCUGGUGGACUUAGGUGAAGGCAAGAUUUGCUUCUGUUGUGAAGAAUUUCAACCAGCCAAAUGCACAGACAAAGAAAAUGCCUUGAAACUCUUUCCGGUUCAGCCUUGUAGCGCUGUUCACCUUCUACUUAAGAAAGUCCUCUUUGCCCUGUGUGCCUUGAAUGCCCUGACCACCACCGUCUGCUUGGUGGCUGCCGCCCUCCGCUACCUCCAGAUAUUCGCAACCAGGAGAUCCUGCAUCGAUGAAUCCCAGAUUUCUGCUGAAGAAGUGGAGGAUCAUGGACGCAUCCCCGACCCUGAUGACUUUGUGCCGCCUGUGCCUCCCCCUUCCUAUUUUGCCACGUUUUACUCGUGCACACCCCGGAUGAACCGCAGGAUGGUUGGUCCUGAUGUUAUUCCCCUGCCACACAUCUAUGGAGCUCGAAUCAAAGGUGUGGAAGUGUUCUGUCCUCUGGAUCCCCCGCCGCCAUAUGAAGCUGUGGUGAGCCAGAUGGACCAGGAGCAGGGAUCUUCAUUUCAAAUGCCAGAAGGAUCAGAAGCUGCUGUGAUCCCAUUGGAUCCAUGCUGCACACAAGUGACUCAAGGUGGGGACAUUCCUAACAUACCUGCAGAAGAAAAUGCAUCCAUGCCAACUCCCAGUUCAACCCUGGUGUGUCCUGUGAGAAGCCACAGAGCCCUCCCACCCCUGAGGACAAGGUCGAAGAGUGACCCCAUGCUCCAUCAUUCUGAGGAGAGAGCUGCCCCAGUGCUCAGCUGUGAAGCUGCAACACAGACUGAAAGGAGACUGGAUUUGGCUGCAGUGACUUUGAGGAGAGGCCUGAGAUCAAGAGCUUCGCGAUGCAGACCACGGUCUUUGAUAGAUUACAAAUCCUACAUGGACACCAAGCUGCUGGUGGCGAGGUUCCUGGAGCAGUCCUCCUGUAGCAUGACCCCAGACAUCCAUGAACUUGUAGAAAACAUUAAAUCUGUUUUGAAGUCUGAUGAGGAGCACAUGGAGGAAGCCAUCACAAGUGCCAGUUUCCUAGAACAGAUAAUGGCCCCAUUGCAGCCCAGCACAUCCAGGACCCACAUGCUGCCCUCGCGGAGACAGCCUGGCCUGCUGCACCUCCAGAGCUGCGGUGACUUGAGCACCUUCACACCGGUGGGGAGGCCCCAAGCUGAGAGGAGGCCCCGGCGAGUGGAGGCUGAGCGGCCACACAGCCUCAUUGGGGUCAUCCGAGAGACUGUCCUGUGAACCCUGGAAAACAGAAGGCCACUCCAAGGGGAAGGAUUCCCCUCCUCUCUGCCAUUUCCUGGCUAGGAGCUGGGGUCCUCCUCAAAAAAGAGGGCACUGUGGAGGACACGUUUUCCUACUUGUUGGCUCCUGUGUCUGCUGACCGAGGGCAUUCAGGGGUAAAUGCACAGGUCAGCCCAGGCCCAUUUGGGUUUGGGCUGCACCGAGUUGGAGGUUAUGAAAGCAUUGAUCCUCUCCUUCCUCUGCUGGGCCUCGUGGCAUUCCCAGGGGUCACAUGCCCUGGCGUGGGCAGAAACUGGGCUAAUGAGUCUUUGCCCACUUCACCCCUAGAGUCUCUCUUUGUUGCUAAGUUCUUUUCCUCUUGGAAGGGCAGCUCUGCCGGGCUGCUAUUUUUAGCUGCCUGUGGCCUUUCACUGCUCGGUGAAUUGGCAGGAAAUAGGUGAUUAACCCUAUGUGUCCACAAGCCUCAAGCUUGUUUCAGGUCACCCUCAAAUCUCACUCUCUUUAGGCAAAACAGGAAACUUUUUAAGUGAGAAAUUUUAAUGCAAGACAUUUAAGGAGAGGAUUAUUGUUGAUUCCAUUUACUCAUGCUUGCAAAAUUAGAGACCCCUAAGGCAGAGCUGAGAAUAAAAAUGUUUACUCUGGGCCGCUAGGGUUGAUGUGUAAUACUUGUUUGUACUCAGGUGGCCAAGCCUUGCCUUACAGAGGACUGGGAACUUGGAGCUGUGGUGGUCAGGCUCACCACGCAGGCCACUGAACCAGUUUAAUUUAUAAAGCAUCCAAAGCCCGUGGAUAACAUGUGUCCUUCAUUCAAUCAGCAAGAGCUUAGCUCGAUGGCUUCAUGGAGCUGCCUUCUCAUGGGAUCAUGAACAAUAAAUCAAUAAAGUAAUUACAGAUUGGGGAUGAUUGCUGAAUAGAUAAGUAGGUGGUUAGAGAAACUUCUUUGAGAAAAAUGACACUUGAGCUGAGUCACGACUUAGAGGGUCAGGGAUGAAUGUUCCAGGUAGGGAGAGAGAGAGAGAGGCGAAGAACAUCAGAGGUCACUGGGACCACAGCCCUGAGUCAGGGCAGCAGUGGGCAGAAGCUGCACAGACUGCCUGUUGCUAACAAUGAGUUUUCAGGAGAGUGAGGGAUGUCAGCAUAUUUUCAGAAGAUCACCAUGCUGCAUGGAGAACAGUUUAGGCCAGCCGUGAGUGGAGGUGAGGAACUGAAUGAAGAGGUUACAUAGGAGGUAGAAUACUGCUUCUUGCUGGGCACUGCCUGUGCACCAGAUACUAGGCCAAGAGCUUUGCACACGCUCCCAUUUUAUGCUCAUGACAGCGUAGGCAGUGGGAGCUGUUAUUGUCCCUAUUUUACAGAUGUGGAAAAUGAGGUUCAUUCAUUUUUCCAUGGUUCCUCUACAGCUAUGGGUUUGCCAUUUCAUGUUUCUGUGAGAAAGGGCUGUUAAGAUUUCUAGCUUGCCUCCCCAGACCACAGACUCCCUGGCUCCAAGCCAACAAACCAUGCCAGAAUGGGAACUGUCGUGGGGACAAGGGCUGGAGAAAAGGCGGGGAAGACUCCCAUGUGGAGGUGCUGAGCUGGGGUGGGAAGGGGGCUGUGGAAACAGCCCUAGAAAUGGGGCAGAGAUGGAGGCUUGUCAACAGGCUGGGGUCUGGGCCCUUGUGUGGGGUGAGCUGUGUUUGGGGGUACAGUGACAUCUCAGGAUGACAUUUUCUAUGUUCUUAUUCUCCCAUUCCCAGAAACUGAAUUCCCUUCAGGUACAUGAUCUUUCCAUUUCUCUAGGAGUCCUCUCAGCACCACAGCUGUCCACUGUCCACUGUGGGUUGGCCCACUGCCCGGGUAAGCCCCUGCCUUGUUUGAGGGCCUCACUGCAGCUCUCCGACAUUCCAUGGACUGCCCAUGUGGCCCAGUCUAGUUUUUUCUUUCUUUCACAGCUGCUUGUGUACCCCCAAACUGGUUUCUCCAGGUGAGGCCCCACGACUCUUAGCCAACUACUUUGUCCCUCUCCCACAGCCAGGCAGGACAAGGGACCGGCCCUCCCUUCCCUCACUCAGGCCUGGCUAGACCUCUGUCACCGCCCUGGGCUUCUGUUUUUCCCCCAGCUGCAUUCCUCUCUACCUUCCCUCUGAACCCUGUCGCUCACCUCCACCUGCCACUACAGGCCUCCCUGUGUACCUGAAAGGCUCAAGGAAGACAGGUAGGCACCACAAGUGCUGGCAAUGUCUGGCUUCUAGUCUUGGGGGGGACAGUCACAGAGAUGGCCUCAGUCAUCCCAAGGAAUGAGAAAUUGGCAGCACCAACCAGAAGAGGAAAGGAGGCAUAAAGCCUGAAAGCAUUAGUUAGAUGGACACCAGGAGCAAGUGGGGUGGGGGCUGUCUUAGCUUCAUAGAAUUGUCCCUGCAACUUGAGAAAUGGCAUGUAAUUCUAGGACUUGAAGAUAUCGGCGAAAUCUGAAAACCUACUUCUGUCUCCCUUCUCUGACUUUAAGGACUACUGAAGUA